UAUUGUGAAGUGUCUGUACGACCGGGCUAGACGUCUCGUGACCAAACCAUCAGUAAUCGCUGGAGAGAAGAAACAUCUGUCAUCUGUACUUGUUUCUAACGGAUAUCUCUCCUCGUUUGUACAGAAGAUCACAAAGGCACGAACAACCCCAAGAAGAGAGCCCGAAGUCGAUCUACAUCUAAAGUGACUACAUCGUGUGACAAACGAUAAUACACUUUAUUAUUAAAGACUGUCUUUACUUUAUCAAGUGCAAUAUUUCUAGAGCCCCAAGCUGUUCAAAAUGAUCAGCUACGCUUAUAUUACAACUUGGCUUGACUUUGAGAAAAUUUAUAGGUGCUCAAAACAACCCUCUGGUUUGGAUGCCGAGUUUGUUAUAAAUUUUGACAUGAGUCAGUGGGAGGGUAUUUCAAGUUUUUUCGGGUGUUAUCCUCCCAAAAUAAUCACUUCUGCAGCAUGUUGCUCUUGAUCAAGACAAUGUGUUUGUAUUUUAUUUCUGUUUUCCUUUCGUCGAAUUUGUUGUAUAAUGGAGGUAAAUUUAUGAACAAAACAUUGUUUUGGGACAGAGGGAUAGAUAGAGGGAUUUUCAGAAAGGAACGGCAGACUGAGCUAUUGUAUGAGCCAAGAAAAAUACACUAUUUCAGCGAGUUGCUAGUAAGCAGAGGUUCCAUUGUAUCCGUUUUCAUGGUCCUCUCCUUUCUGUCCUUAUGUGAAUGUUGCAAUGAAUCUUGGAUGUCUAGGAAGCAGUAUAAGCAUGGUUUGGGGACACCUCAGUACAACUACACAAUGCAGUGACUGGGUGGAAGAGUUUGAUUUUCGAAUACACUAGAACCCAGUUAAGCUAAUCCGCUCACCAACGGACCACAAAAGUCUGGUUGUAAUAAAGAGGUGGUCGUAUUAACAGGCUGACCGUAAGGCGGGGUUCCCUUGUGUUGGAUUUUAUGCUGCCAGGAGCCCAUCACUUGCUCCUGAUGCUGCCUCGUCCCCAGUCGCCCUCGCGAUAGUAAAAAAUAUAAUAAUUAACUAGCGAGAAGGGCGGCAGGGAAUCAUGGGGAGGAAGGAAACUUUCCCUCUUUUUCUCCUUCCCAUAGCUCCCCGAGCUCGCGCUCCUCACUAGCUACCAGCUUCCGCUCGCGCCUUCUUGCUCACUCCCAGUCUCCCAAUCGCCCCUUGCGCUAAGAAGAAAAUAAGAAAAGCCUGUGGAUGAGGUAGGUUAUUAUGAUGCCAUCAGUUGAAUGUGGCGCUGCCUUCCGCGCGGUUCAAAUUCUAAUUUUAAGAUGUAAACAAUGACGUAACAAAGAUUAGUCCUAAUUACCUUAUUUAACCUUGUUACACGUCACUGAUUAAUUAUAUAAGUGAUUUAUCCACGUCAUCUCAUUACAGUUGUUCGCAACCUUUGCGCAAAGCAGUCACGGUGUUUUGGACUCCGCAGAUUAAAUCGAAGUUAACGAAGAUCCCAACGCUUUUCAAUAUGGAAAUCGAGAUAUUUCCACAAGAUCUCUUGAGCAAUGUCAUGGACGCUAUCUCGUCCAGAGAAGUAAGCGAGUCAUCAGCUCCAACCUCAAAGCCUGAACCUGAAGACGGUGAGGUUGACUACGCUUCCCGGGCCAAAGAAAUUCUUGACAUCACGUUUAGGAGAGUGCGUCAACGCUCAACGGUGCAACAAGCGCAUCUCCCUCCACCGGCCGAUCAGACGGACGAAGCAGAAAACUUGGUUGAGGAGGCGGCAGACAAACCUGCCGAAGAGGAUAGCAGUGUCCCAGAGAGCUCGAAGGCCAGCACUGACCGUAAAGACCAAGAUUCUCCUUACGGGGGUAUUAUACGGCACGCUGGAGUUUCACUCAAACAAGAUAAUGCUGAUGUCUUUGUGGUCGAUCUAUCCUUCGUCCCGAGAAAACAAGAAUUCAAGAAAGGAAUUUUUGGAAAGGACACAGUGAAGCACAAAGAGAUCAUUAAAUCAAUUUGUCAACAUACUGAGGACUAUAUCCAGAAGUCAAUGACAUCAGACAAGUUUGUUGUCCUGAUACACUCAAGUGAAGAGGAUCGAACCGCGAUGCCUAGCGGGAAAUUUGCUCGAAAGUUCUACAAGCUGUUGAAAGCAAGAUUCAGCAAUGAGCUUCUCAACUGCUCUAUCUUAAAGCCGAGCUUUAAGUUGAAAACCACCGUAUUUUUGAGAAGGCCGUUCCUUCAGAAAGCAAUGCAAAAGAAAAUACAUCUAAAAUCUGACGCUCUGAGCUUUCUGGAGGACCAAGAAGAGGAUAUCAGUGUCCCAGAGAGCUCGAAGACCAGCACUGACCGUAAAGACCAAGAGUCUCCUUACGAGGGUGUCAUAAAGCACGCUGAAGAGGAUAUCAGUGUCCCAGAGAGCUCGAAGGCCAGCAUUGACCGUAGUGAGCAAGAUUUUCCUUACGGGGGUGUUGUAAGGCACGAUGAAGAGGAUAUCAGUGUCCCAGAGAGCUCGAAGGCCAGCAUUGACCGUAGUGAGCAAGAUUCUCCUUACGGGGGUGUUGUAAGGCACGCUGAAGAGGAUAUCAGUGUCCCAGAGAGCUCGAAGGCCAGCAUUGACCGUAGUGAGCAAGAUUCUCCUUACGGGGGUGUUGUAAGGCACGCUGAACAGGAUAUCAGUGUCCCAGAGAGCUCGAAGGCCAGCAUUGACCGUAAAGACCAAGAUUCUCCUUACGGGGGUGUUAUAAGGCACGCUGGAGUUUCACUCAAACAAGAUAAUGCUGAUGUCUUUGUGGUCGAUCUAUCCUUCGUACCGAGACAACAAGAACUCGAGAAAGGAAUUUUUCGAAAGGAUACAGUGAAGUACAAAGAGAUCAUUAACUCAAUUUGUCAACACACGGAGGACUAUAUUCAGAAGUCAAUGACAUCAGACAAGUUUGUUGUCCUGAUACACUCAAGUGAAGAGGAUCGAACCGCGAUGCCUAGCGGGAAAUUUGCUCGAAAGUUCUACAAGCUGUUGAAAGCAAGAUUCAGCAAUGAACUUCUCAACUGCUUUAUCUUAAAGCCGAGCUUUAAGUUGAAAACUGCAGUAUUUUUGAGAAGGCCGUUCCUUCAGAAAGCAAUACAAAAGAAAAUACAUCUAAAAUCUGAUGCUCUGAGCUUUCUGGAGGACCAAGGUCUUCCAGACUCUGUUCUCAGCAUCUGCUGAGAACUGCUCUCAACUCAGCCACUCCCUUUUUUUAUUUUAUUUUUUCCUGAUCAUUCGAUACGUUUCUGAUUUUUCCUUAAUUAUGUGAUUGAUGCGGGCUGAGUUGAUAGAUUUGUACUUUGUACAUAUUACUGGAUAUCUCGGGUUUUUGCAAUUAAUCAUCUGUAAAAAACGAAAACCGUUUCCCGGGCUUACUUUGAAAGCUCAAUGAUUGUUAACACCGUGAGUUUUAGUAGAGGACAUUUUAAUAGUUAAUUGCUGGAAGGGAGCCGGGCUUCGGAAGUUCCUGUUUCUCCAUAACGCGAAAGAGGGAAUUUCUGUUUUACCACAGUUGCUACUAUCUCGCAAUCUGAUUGGCUACUUUGCCGGUUUCGAUUUGCGUCAAUGUGUCACGCAAUGCCUUUUUCAGC